AUGGCAAAACGAACCCUAGACACAUUCUUCAAACCAAUCUCACCACCCGCACCACCUAAACGAGCCAAACCCUCCAACGAAGAAGCACAAUCAGAAACAUCCACCCCAACUCCACCAGAGCCCGAACAACCACCAAGCACCCAUCCAACCUACCCAAUUCCAAUCCCCCAACUACCCUCCCACAUCUCUAUCUCUCUAACACACGGCACCCCAGCCCGAGAAGGCCGAUGCAUAACCAACCAACCACACCUGGACCUACUAUAUUUCCAACCGUAUAUCACGCGCACAACAGCAAAUGAACUAUUCAAGUUCUUGCGAAACGAACUCCCUUUUUACAGGGUCCAAUACCAAAUCAAAAGAGGGGGGAUAGAAACACAGAUAAAUACGCCGAGGUAUACGACCGUUUUUGGCGUUGAUGAUUCGUCUCGUUUUGUUGAAUCUACCUCUACAUCUACAUCUACCUCAAGAGCGGAAGAAAAAACCCAACUCGACACUGAAUCACCCACAAACAACAAAAUCCUAAUAACCACACAAACUCAACUCACCUCACAAACAAAAUACACCAUCCCCCCACGCCCAAUCCCACACUGCCUAGAACACCUCCGCCAAAGCGUCGAAAGCGCAACCGGCUCCACCUACAAUUUCUGUCUAGUAAACUAUUACGCCAGCGGCGAAGAUAGUAUAUCAUUUCAUUCGGACGAUGAGCGAUUCCUAGGUGAUAACCCGAACAUAGCGUCAUUAUCAUUAGGCGGAGAAAGGGAGUUUCAAAUGAAACAUAAACCUCCUCAGGGUACGAGCGGAACACCAAGUGUAUCCGGUAAAGGAGGAUCGGUGUCUCAUGGGAAAAGUGUAUUUUGUGGGACAGGUACGACGCAUUCUCAAUUGGGCGGGACGAUGUCGCAGGCGCGGACAUGUGGGAGUAUACAGAUGCCAAUGCAGAUGCAGAACCCUGCAGGACUGCGGGAUGGGUCUGGGAGUCAGCAGAUUAAAAUGCCGCUUGGGUCGGGGGAUAUGGUUGUUAUGCGGGGAGAGACGCAGUCGAAUUGGUUGCAUAGUAUUCCGAAGAAAAGAGGACGAGCUGGUGAUGCGGUGCGGGGACGGAUUAAUAUUACGUUUCGGAAGGCUGUUGUACCUGCUGGAACGAAUAAUUAUUAUCAUUAUAAUGUUGGAUAUGGGCCUGUUUAUCGGUGGGAUGCAGCGAGGGGCGUAAUGGAUCUAAUGAAGUGA